AUGGAAUUCUGGUCCAAGUUAUGUUUAGAGCACGGAAUUAGUAGAGAGGGUAUACUAGAAGACUUUGCGACCGAGGGUGGAGACAGAAAAGAUGUAUUCUUUUAUCAGGCUGACGACGAACACUACAUUCCUCGUGCCCUUCUUCUCGAUCUCGAGCCGAGAGUAAUAAAUAAUAUUCUCUCAUCUCCAUAUGCCAACCUAUAUAAUCCCGAAAAUAUAUACCUUUCGAAAGAUGGGGGUGGUGCCGGUAACAUAUGGGCAUAUGGCUUUUCUCAGGCAGAGAAAGUUUGUGAAGACAUAUUUGAAAUGAUCGAUCGUGAAGCCGAUGGAAGUGACUCUUUGGAGGGGUUUAUGCUUCUACAUUCCAUUGCGGGAGGCACUGGAUCUGGGAUGGGUUCAUUUCUUCUUGAACGAUUGAAUGAUCGGUAUCCAAAGAAGCUUAUUCAGACAUAUUCGGUUUUUCCCAAUGCUGACGAAGUCUCCGAUGUCGUGGUGCAGCCCUAUAACAGUAUGUUGACUUUAAGAAGGUUGACCAGUAAUGCAGACUGCGUGGUUGUAUUAGACAAUGCGGCAUUAAACAGAAUUGCAAGUGACAGGCUACAUAUACAGAAUCCAACUUUUGCUCAGACAAAUCAAUUGGUGUCAACCGUAAUGUCGGCUAGUACUACUACUCUACGAUACCCCGGUUACAUGAAUAAUGAUCUAGUAGGCAUAAUCGCAUCACUUAUACCUACACCCAAAUGUCACUACUUGAUGACUGCAUAUACUCCGUUCACAAGUGAUCAAGUUGAAAAGGCAAAAUCUGUUCGUAAAACAACAGUAUUGGAUGUGAUGCGUCGCUUAUUACAACCGAAAAAUAAAAUGGUAUCUAUAAUUCCAUCAAAGAAAAGCUGUUAUAUAUCGUUGUUAAACAUUAUUCAAGGAGAGGCGGAUCCGACUGAUGUGCACAAAUCACUACUCCGCAUCAGAGAGCGAAGAUUGGCACAGUUUAUUCCGUGGGGUCCUGCUAGCAUACAAGUGGCCUUGACAAAGAAGUCUCCAUAUGUCCAGACCUCACACCGCGUUAGUGGACUUAUGCUGGCAAACCACACAAGCAUAGCAUCGUUAUUGAAGCGUACUUGCGAUCAGUAUGAUCGGUUCAGAAAACGUGGAGCUUUCUUGGAUCAGUAUAAGAAAGAGGAUAUGUUCUCAGACAGUUUGGAAGAGUUUGACCUUGCUAGAGAUAUUGUUUCGGAUCUGAUGAAGGAGUAUGAAGCUUGUGAGAGCCCCGACUACAUCAACUAUGUAGGGUCAAUCGAAGGAUGA